AUGGGAAUAUUUCCACAUAAAGUAACUCGGAAUUUAUCGAAAUACAUUGAUGAACAUCCAGAUUUGACACAAUAUUCUGAUAUCAUUCAAGUUCUUAGAAAUUCACAUAUUCCAUCUAAAAAGUGGUUUUACAACAAUCUAAAGGGAGAAUCAGUUUCAUCAAACGAUUAUAAUGAAAUGGUAUUCACUCACACCAACCUGUAUGAUUUGCUGAACGACUACAACAAUUUGGAUGCGAAGCCAGGCGUAGAAGCGACAAAGAAGCUGGGUAAUUUCUUUCAGUCGUUGAAUCUUGAUAUCCACAAAAACGGCAUCUUUGUUCCUAGACUCACUCUGAAAUAUCUCUGGCACACAAAAAGCAAAGACUGCAAGUUUCAGUUAUUCAAAGGGAAUGACGAAUUGUACCACAAAUACAGAGAUAAUCUAGUUGGUGGUCCAAGUAUCAAAAAGACGACCAGAAUUAGAAAAGGAAAGCCUUGUCAGGGAAUACUUGGAUAUGAUACCAAUGCUUUAUAUCUGUGGGCGAUAAGUCAAGAUAUGCCGUGUGGUGAGCACCAAGUAGUUCAAGUUUAUCCCGAUAUUCUGAAAGAUGUCUUGGAUAACACGUUCUUUGGAAUGAUAGAAUGUGAUAUUGCUGUUCCUGAGCAUUUAAAGGAGCACUUUACUGGAAUGCCUCUUAUUUUCAAGAAUGUUGAGAUUACAUGCAAUGAUUUAAGCUCUGACACAGGCACAUGCCAAACCAGAUCACAAAAGUAA